AGCGCCACGGAGCUGCGGCGGCGCCAGGCCUGCGGAUCACGUGAUCAACUGCCGGUGACGAGAGCACCGUGUUGCACCCACGAACGCGUGUCGACUUUUCUUUAAAAUGCUCCCGACUAGACGCGCCUUCGGCUGAUCUCAUCGCCAGUACUCGAUCCGGACCAGAUCGUCGCAUGCGCCUGUACCGUCUCCCAGGACUUUGAACGGAAAUGUGAAGUGAUUCCGGUUCAGUGGGGAGGUUUGAAGCGCUCCCGUGGAGAGUGACCAUUGUUGUAACCAGGUCGAGGCUGCUGGGCUUCCACUGGCGGACCUUCACCGUUUUUUACGACUUUAUAGCAAGGCAGACCACGCACAUUUUCCAAGUGUCAUGAAAGAAAUGUCCAGCACCAUGCCUAGCGGGCCACAGCCUCCAAAACACUAUGGUAUCACCUCUGCUAUUAGCCUUGCACCUCCUCGAGAUAUAGACCACCAAUACACCAAGAAGCUCUGUGAUGCUAUGAAACCAUUUGGGGUGUUUGAGGAUGAAGAAGAACUAAACCACAGACUUGCUGUUCUUGGGAAGUUGAACAAUUUUGUAAAAGAAUGGAUCGCAGAAAUAAGUGAAGUGAAGAAUCUCCCACCAUCUGCAAUUAGCUGUGUCGGGGGCAAGAUAUUUACAUUUGGCUCCUAUCGUCUUGGAGUGCACACGAAAGGAGCCGAUAUUGACGCCUUGUGUGUGGCUCCACGCCACAUUGAGAGAAGCGACUUUUUCCAGUCUUUUUUUGAGAAACUGAAGCAGCUUGAAGAAAUCAAAGACCUGAGAGCUGUUGAGGAUGCUUUUGUACCUGUGAUCAAAUUCAAAUUUGAUGGCAUAGAGAUCGAUCUGCUUUUUGCCAGACUGGCCUUACAGUCCAUUCCAGACAACCUGGACCUAAGAGGAGACUCCAUCCUGAGGAACUUGGACAUCCGCUGCAUUCGGAGUCUCAAUGGCUGUCGAGUAACUGAUGAAAUUUUAUACCUGGUGCCAAACAAGGAGAAUUUCAGAUUAACACUUAGAGCUAUCAAACUUUGGGCAAAACGUCGUGGGAUCUACUCCAACAUGUUGGGUUUUCUGGGUGGUGUUUCAUGGGCCAUGCUGGUGGCCCGGACCUGUCAGCUGUACCCCAACGCUGUAGCUGCCACGCUGGUCCAUAAAUUCUUUUUGGUUUUCUCCAAAUGGGAGUGGCCGAAUCCGGUGCUAUUGAAACAGCCGGAGGACAGUAACCUAAACUUGCCUGUAUGGGACCCCAGAGUGAACAUGGCCGACAGAUUCCACCUGAUGCCGAUCAUCACUCCCGCCUACCCCCAGCAGAACUCCACCUACAACGUCUCCACUUCAACACGCACCAUCAUGAGCGAGGAGUUCAAAUAUGGUCUCAGUGUCACUGAUGAGAUCCUGCAGGGGAAAGCAGAAUGGCCCAAACUGUUUGAACCUCCACACUUUUUCCAAAAAUACAAACAUUACAUCGUUCUGACGGCCAGUGCUUCGACAGAAGAAAACCAUCUGGAGUGGAUUGGUCUGGUGGAGUCAAAGAUCCGUGUGUUGGUGGGAAACCUGGAGAGAAAUGAGUACAUUACAUUGGCUCACGUCAACCCCCAGUCCUUCCCAGGGUCCAAAGAGAACCGCAAUGAGAACGACUUUGUGUCCAUGUGGUUCAUCGGAAUCAUCUUCAAGAAAGUGGAGAACGCAGAGAGCGUGAACAUUGACCUGACAUACGACAUCCAGUCCUUCACUGACACAGUGUACAGACAAGCCAACAACAUCAACAUGCUGAAGGACGGGAUGAAGAUCGAAGCCACGCACGUCAAGAAGAAGCAGCUCCAUCAGUAUCUUCCUGCUGAGCUGGUGCAGAAGAAGAAGCGGAGCAUCGCAGAGUUGAACCGCAGCUCCAACGGAGGCAGCUCCAAGAGGCUCUCCCUGGACAGCAGUCACCUGGACAGCUCCCGGGACACAGACUCGGGGACCCCCUUCAGUUCCCCAGCCUGCAAGCCGAUCAAACCCGCGUCCGACACCGACGAUGGCGUCAGUCCACCCAAGCAGCUGUUUGUGGAAAGCUCACCUGUGUCCAGCACUACUCCCCCACCAGCUGCUGACCAGGGCAUGUCCAUUCCUGUCAUCGGUUCAAAACCAGCAGUCAAACCAAAGCCUGCCUCUCCUCCAGCCAGCAGCGCGGCCAGCAUGGCGCUAGGUGCCGGCGCAAAGCCCAACGCGGCCAGCAGCCCGAAAGACGAGGCCAACGGCCUGGAGGAGUCCUCCAGCGAAACUCCAGUCAAGAGGCAACCCUCGCUGACAGAAGAGGACGCCGUGGCCAGCAGGCCGAGCGACACAGAGAUGGUGUCCAGCGACGAGGCCACGUUUAAGGAGCCGUUCCCACCGUGCUCGGACUCUCACCCGUACUCAGACGGUUCUACUCUCACCUCGGAAUCAAAGGCCAAGCCCAUUCCAACCAUUGAUACCUCAAGAUCUCAGAGACUUCCCAGCAUGGAGCUGCCAGACGCACCUUCGCCACUUCCCGCCAACAGCAGCUGCAGGGUGGUGAAGAAUUCCAUCAAACUCGCCCUCAACCGCCACAACGUCACACCUCCAAAGCCCCCAGUGUUUGAGGGCACCCUGACCACCGACGCUCCUCCUGCCAGUGAAGAGAAGGGCAUGUCCAUUCCGGUCAUCGGCUCCAAACACAUAACAUCCAAACACAUGGCGCCCCCUGUCGGUAGCUCCAUCCCGACCCUGGUGAGCCGAGGAGCCGACCCUUUGAACGGCGCAGCCACGAAGAGAUCUCUGUCGCCCCCUGUGGAGGAGCAGGCCAAGCGGCUAAAGGAGACGGAAAAGGCCAGAAUUCACAUAGCUUGAGCCCCCGGCCCAGGACUGGACCCCGAAACAUACUGAGGCGACGCCCCGGCGUCCUGAGAGAAGUUGUAAUCCUGGUGUUGAGGUGGGUCAAUGUGACGCAGCGGGCUGGACACCUCCAGCAGGUUUGUUAGAAAACGAGCCGUUUCAGUCGAGUCGCCCGCGCAGGCCCCGGUCGUCCGGGCAGCGCCAACACGAGCGUCACGGAGACCCCGGAACUAAGCAGCAGCAGCAGCAGCCGUUUGUUUUCUACUUCUUUCUCAGUGUUGCGAAACACACAAGACAGACUGAACGUCGUUCUCUUUCAUUUAGAGUUUUAAAAAGAGCCCAGAUUCUUUAUUGUCCUGCUACACUCACUCGCCAGUUUUCUUUCUUCCUCGACACAGACCUGUACAGUAAAUGUGGAUGUACAUAGUUUUGUUUCGUCUUUAAAAAAAAAGAUCACUGUUAAUUCUUUUGAUCCUUCUAUUGUAGUUUUAUCUAAAAAGUAUUAAAAAAAAAGCUUAAAAAUGUAAUUCUUUUUUCGCCAUUGAUUCGCUCCUUUGAUGUUACAGCCCAGAACAUGCUGUUCAAGCGGGUUGAAACUUCAAGGGGCGACCAACAUUCGCGAUGUUACGAUUUGUCAGCCCAGUUUGAAACAUCUGUAUCAGUUUGUGGAUUUAAAAUGGUUUUAUGGUCAGUUUUCUGUGGCAAGGCUCGACUCCCAACACUGCCUCUGGUGUCAGAGGGAGCCGUCACAAACUGUGAAGCAGGAACAGAUCUGUGUGUGUGAGACGGUGGCGACGACCGAAGCAGAACCCUCACGCUCGUCUCGGUGCCUCCUGUGGAGGUUCCCCCGACGUCUGCGGGCGGAGAAACCGCUUCACCUCAGCGGCCGAGCAUGCCUUCCAACAUCAAAGACACGGCCACAUCUUGGAAAACUAGAAAACAAAAAAUCAUCAUACAUCCUUUGGGGUUUUCUUAUCACUUUAUUUAUAUGCUUAUUUGUACCAUAUGACCUUUUUUAAAUUUCUAGCAGAAGUAGGUCUUUUUGCAAAUCGGCACGGACUCAGUUUUUCUUUGCUGUUCACAAACAUUUACCAGAAGAUCGUCUAGAUGUUUGUUUCUAAAAUGUAUCGAAAAGGGUAUUUUUGUAUGUGUUAUCACUUCAUUUAAACAGAUCGGUUCAUCCAUUA